AGUCAAAUUUCUCAGAAAUUUUUUUCUGGCCGAGCUUGCAAGGGAUCGAUCGAUUCUCCAAAACCGUAUCUUCUCUCUCGAUCUGACACCGUACUCCGCUGAUUAGCGGAUUGAAUCUGUCUCUUACGGCCCGUCAUUAGUGGACGUGAGCUUGCUUUUACGCUCGCAAAGAGAGCGUUCACCAUCAAUUUGUGCUUAAACAAAGGAAGAUUGAUUCGUGGUUUUGUUAUCUACUUGUUCCUGCAGUGCAGUGCCAACAGUCUCUGGAAUCUCAGCUGAGCCUUUUGUCAUUUCUGUAGCCUGUUGAUUAAUUCUUUGUUCUUGGAAACUGUAGUGGAAGAGUCGAGGUUGUAGUUAGUCGAACAUUGCAUUGCUGUAUUUCGUCUGCUAGAAAGAUCUGCCCUAUUUUUGCGCAGUAUCUGGCUAUGAAAUUUUCACUGGAUUUGUAAACAUGGAGGAGAACGGCGGAAAUAAGGAUUUCCUUGGAAAUGUGCUAAAUCUGAACUCGAUUCUUACGCUGGGGAGGGGUUCAAAGAACUCCCCUUCAUUCCGGAGGCUCCAUUCCAGCAGAACCACUCUACGGGAUUCCAGAUCCGGCAGUACUAGACUUCAGUGGCUCAGGAGCCAGCGAGUUGUGCUUUGUUUGAUCUUAAUUUCUCUUUGGGCUUAUGUUGGGUUUCAUGUACAAUCGAGCUGGGCUCAUGGUGAUCAUAGGAAGACAGAUUUUGUUGGGUACAAGAGUGAGGUUGUUAGUGUCACGACUCUGGAGGAGACGGCAAAAUCUUUGGAAUCUGAGGCCAUCACCUCGAUGUUGAGGGAGGCAACACAAGGGGAAGGUAAGAUGGUUUCUGAUUCCAGCGACAGGUUGAUAAAAGGUUCUCCUCGAAAAAGGGGUGCAAGGAUGUUGAGGAGAGUGAGGCCUAGGGUUUCUGUGGAGGAGAACACAGACAGUGAGUUUGAAGAUGUGGUGAUUCCAACAGGAAAUAAUUCAUUUGGAUUGAUGAUAGGCCCAUUUGAUGAGACUGAGAAUAGAAUUGUAGGUUUGAGCCCUCAGAAGCGGAAGAGCAAAUGUGACAGACAAGGGGAAUUUGCAGGACUUGUAUGGACUCGCUCAUUUGUAUUGGUAUUUCAUGAGCUAUCCAUGACAGGCGCUCCCCUCUCAAUGAUGGAACUGGCUACAGAGAUUAUGUGGUGUGGAGGAAAUGUGAAGGUGGUGGCUCUCAGUAAAAAGGGUGGUUUGAUGUGGGAGCUUGCUCGGCGGGGCAUCGAAAUAAUUGAAGACAAAGGGGAGAUUAGUUUCAAGGCUGCCAUGAAAGCUGACCUUGUCAUUGCCGGUUCAGCUGUCUGUUCAUCCUGGAUAGAACAAUACAUUAGACGAAAUCCUGCUGGAUCAAACCAACUUGUCUGGUGGAUCAUGGAGAACAGACGGGAGUACUUUAACCGAUCAAAGCAUAUGCUGAGCAAAGUGAAUACAUUGACAUUUUUAUCAGACACACAGUCCAAGCAGUGGCUAUCUUGGUGUGAAGAGGACAAGAUUAAGAUGAAAACAAAGCCUACAAUGGUGCCUCUUUCCAUUAACGAUGAUUUGGCAUUUUUAGCAGGCCUUCCCUGCUCCCUAAAUACUCCAGUAUUCACUGUUAAUAAAAUGAUAGAGAAAAGAAAUCACUUGAGGAAUGAAGUUCGGAAAAAGAUGGGUUUGUCUGAUAAUGAUAUGCUAGUAAUGAGUUUAAGCAGUAUAAAUCCUGCUAAAGGCCAGUUGUUACUGCUUGAAGCAGCUCGUUUAGUGGCUGAACGUAAUGUAUCUCAGAUAUAUCAAAUAAUGUUGGAGAAGGAAUUUUUAAUUGUUUCUCGUCAAAGCAGGACAAACAUAACAAAUGAGCUACAAUUACAAGCACAGCAUUUGAACACAAGCCAGCCAGACAAGCAAACUAAAGAUGUACACCAAGUAAGUUCCAAAAAUAAAAAGAGAAAAGACUAUAAUAUUCUUCCCUCAAUCAGUCAAACUAAAUCUGUGAAACAAGAUCGACCAAAAAUUAGGAAUUUGCUUUCUGAAUCUUCUGGCAAUGAAGAACAGAGCCUCAAAGUUUUAAUUGGAUCGGUGGGAUCGAAAAGCAAUAAAGUUUCUUAUGUUAAGGAAAUGCUCAGAUUUCUAUCUCAAAAUCCAAACCUUUCUAAACUAUUUUUGUGGACUAAGGCUACUACUCAUGUUGCUUCUCUUUAUGCAGCAGCUGACGUCUAUGUAAUAAAUGCACAGGGGGUCGGAGAGACAUUUGGAAGAGUUACAAUUGAAGCUAUGGCAUUUGGCUUGCCGGUCCUUGGAACCGACGCCGGCGGCACAAGGGAAAUCAUCAAAGACAAGGUAACCGGCCUCCUCCAUCCCCUCGGCCAUGAUGGAACAAAGGCCCUUGCACAGAAUAUUCAGUUUUUCAUAAACAACCCAUCAGCAAGGAAGAAGAUGGGAUCUCAAGGGAGGCAGGUAGUGCAGGAAGCUUAUCUCAAGCAGCACACCUACGGUAAGCUGGCAAAGGUCAUAGCCAAGUGCUUGAACGUCAAACAAUAACGUUAUCUGAAUUCCUCAGAAUUAUUUUCAUGUCUUUUGGAGAAAUUGCUCACACAAAUAUAAGCUCAAUUCGUGGUUUCUAAACUCAUUCAUUUUCGAAGCUGUCACACGGGUCCGAACCGUGUAUGUUAUGGGCCCAAAUUGCCACGUGACUCCGUGUUAUUGGACACCCCUGAUGCAAAUUUACAUCAGAUGCCCUGUUGCAAUAAUUUCUCGUCACACGGACAAGAUUAAUGAAGGAAGGCGAUGUUGGCAUUGUUUCUUUUGGCAAAUAUAUAUAUUUUAAUGUAUUUUCAUGUCAAAAAUAUGCUGCAGGAGUAUGUGGUGUGGAACUGGUUUUAUGAAUGUCUUGUGGGGGGAACGUUACAUGUACCUGCACUUUAUGUUGACGAACUAAAAAUUUGAAUGAAAAAUAAUUGUGGCAUCGUAACGGUCUCCAUAGCCCGUCAUGCACCCAUGCGA